AUGUCAUGUCUUACGGAUGAUAGCAGCAGUCCAGUUUUAAAGGCAUGGUACAAGGAUGGCAUUCAGGUGACCAGCAACUCAUCUACGUGGACCCUCUUGUCUGACGGCCACCUCAUCGUAAUGGCAAACCCUCACACGAGGGUUGUCACUGACGGCCAGUGGGUUGAUGAGGAGGAAAAUAACGUCAAAGAUGACAAUAACAUCAACAACAGAAACUACAUUAUAAAUGAAGUCGACAACACUAAUAACAUUAACAAUCGCAAAAAAAUUAACCAGCACAUUAGCCAAAAUAGUGGCAUUGACAACAAAAAAGCGAACUACAUACUAUCAAGUAAGUACCCGCGUUUGAUAAUCAACACUCAACUUCAUCGUACGAACAGUGAAGAAAUCAUCAAACAUAUUCACGACAACAGCAGAAGAAAUGAAAAAAACAUCCGUAACAACAAAAACAUCAGCAACAACAACCUCAACAAACGCGUCAAUCACAUUAUAAAUAACGAUAACAACAUUCACAACAACUACCUCAACAAACACAAACACCAAGCACGCAAAUCGAACAACAACAAAAAUAUAACGCAACAGUUCAAAACCAAUAAAAAAUCAAACAUUGACAGCAACAACAACAACAGCAUCAACAACAAUAGUAGAAUCAACAACAACCAUGCAACUCACUCAAGAAGAAUCAUCAAAACAACAAAUUAUAAGGUGACGAUCAAUAACAACAACAAGCAUAACAACCACAACUACAACAGCCACAGCAACCACAACAACUACAAAAACAACACACAAACCACAAACUUAAAUGAUACUGCUGAUAAUGAUAGUGCUAAUGCUAUUAUCACCAAGAUUACAACAACAACUCUCAGAAAUGACGGAAAUAUCGGCAACUAUAAACAUCAGACCAAAGAUCGAAAUAAAGACAAGAGAGACAUUAAAAGUAAAUGCAAAAAGCACAACGCCGAAGAAAAUUGUCAGAACAAAAGUGACGUUCAGUUCAAUUUGCAUCAACGGGGCAGCGGCAAAAUUUAUAGAACAUCACAGACAGGAAAGCGCCGUCACAACAAUCACAUCAACAACAAAAACCUUUCUACAUCACAUCAUUACGAGAUAAAAAUUGCUGAUGCUAUCAGUGAAGGCAACAAAAACAAUGCUACCCGAAACAAUCAUUUAAUUAACGUCGCCAGUAACGAAGUAAAGUAUAAAAUCAACAAUCUUAUCAGCUACAACAACAAUAAAAUUAGCAACCGUAGCAGCAACAACAAAAACAACCACAACAACAUCAACAACAACACUGGCAGGCUAAAGAACGGCAGCAACAACAAAAAAAAUGAAAAGAUCAACGAUGGCGUUCAACACGGCGUGUUCUAUUGCAAUGCCACAUAUCGAGAUACAGGUAUCAGCUUCAUUAGCAGCAAAGUCUCAAUGCACGUGCAAGAGUUAGAAAAUCGAAUCUCGUUUGAAUGGUUCCACGAAGAACCAUGA